AUGUCCCCACGUAGUAUGGGUCCACCCAUGAGCGCUGACAGUAUGGCAUCAAUCUCGACGCUGUCAAACGUCUUUUCUAGUCUGACGAAGGUUAGGACAAGAGGACACUGGAAGCUCAACCUGUUGAACAAGCUGGAUUCUGGAAGGGAUUCAGCUGCGUGGAUCACUAAUCUUCCUGAAGAGCUUGUAAAACACGCUCAGCAGGCAUAUUGGACGGUAAUUCCGAAAAUCUUCCCUAUCGCCCUUAUAAAGGAGGAUCGGAUUCUCCAUUGA